GGGGCGCCCAGUCCCGCCGGGGGUUGGCGGCUCGGGGCGAAGCCGAGCCGGGCACAGACGUGAACCCGGGAGGAGGAAGAAGAAGAGGAGGAGGAGAAAAAGAAAAAGGAGGAGAAGGAGAAGGCGGCGGGGCUGGGGCUCGCAGGAUGGCGGCGGGGUGGCGGGUGCUGGCGGCGCUGCUGGUGGCCGCCCUGGCUCGCUGCUACAACGUGGACCUGCGGCUCCCGGUGGUCUUCCAGGGCCCCAACGGGUCCUUCUUCGGGUACUCGGUGCUGCAGCACUACCACGACAGCACCCGGUGGGUCUUGGUUGGAGCUCCCAAGGCAGACUCUAAAUACAGCACCUCUGUUCAGUCGCCAGGAGCAGUGUUUAAAUGUCGAGUCCACACCAAUCCUGACAGAAGAUGCACAGAGCUGGAUAUGGGUCGAGGCAAUUCUCGGGGCGUGCUCUGUGGAAAGACCUGUAAAGAAGACAGAGAUGAUGAAUGGAUGGGCGUGAGCCUGGCUAGACAGCCUAAGGCUGGUGGAAGUGUGCUGGCCUGUGCACACCGCUGGAAAAACAUCUACUAUGAGACAGAGUACAUCCUACCCCAUGGCUUCUGCAACAUCAUUCCCCCCAACCUGCAGCCCAACGGGCGGAAGCUCUUGCCCUGCUACGAAGAGUACAAGAAGAAGUACGGGGAGGAGCACGGUUCAUGCCAGGCGGGGAUCGCGGGCUUCUUCACCGAGGAGCUGGUCAUCAUGGGGGCACCAGGAUCUUAUUACUGGACAGGAACAGUCAAAGUGCUGAAUCUCACUGACAACAUGUAUUACAAACUGAAUGAUGAUGCUGUAAUAGCCAGGCGUUACACCUACCUUGGAUACGCGGUGACAGCAGGUCAUUUCUCUCAGCCGACUUCCACGGACGUCGUGGGAGGAGCUCCCCAGGAUGGAGGCAUCGGAAAGGUUUAUAUUUUCAGAACAGAUAGGCGAUCAGGGUCUUUGGUGAAGAUUUUUCAGGCAUCAGGAAAAAAGAUGGGCUCUUACUUUGGCUCCUCCUUAUGUGCAGUUGAUCUGAACUCUGACGGGCUGUCAGACCUGCUGGUCGGAGCACCUAUGUUUUCUGAGAUCAGAGAUGAGGGUCAAGUCACAGUCUAUAUCAACAGAGGAAAUGGAGUGCUGGAUGAGCAGCUUGUUCUGGAUGGUGAUGGUGCCUACAACGCGCACUUUGGGGAGAGCAUGGCUGCCCUCGGCGAUAUCGAUGAUGAUGGGUUCCCAGAUGUUGCCAUUGGGGCGCCUAAGGAGGAUAACUACAUAGGAGCGGUUUAUAUUUAUCAUGGAGAUGCCAAUGGUAUUGUACCCAAGUACUCUAUGAAGCUGUCUGGGCAAGCAAUAAACCCAAUGCUGCGGAUGUUCGGCCAGUCCAUAUCGGGGGGAGUUGAUAUGGAUGGCAAUGGCUACCCAGAUAUGACUGUUGGAGCCUUCUUGUCAGACAAUGUGGUACUCCUAAGAUCCAGACCUGUCAUCACCAUGGACAUCUCAAUUUUUCUGCCAGCAUCCAUCAAUAUCACAGCUCCUCAGUGCCAUGAUGGUUUGCAGCCUGUGAACUGCCUCAAUGUCACAGCAUGCUUUCGCUUCAGUGGCAAGCAUGUUCCUGGAGAAAUAGGUUUGAAUUAUAACCUGACUGCUGAUGUGGCAAAGAAGGAAAAGAGCCAGCAACCCAGAGUUUACUUUGUGACUUCUGGAGAGACAGUGGGACAGGUCACAGAGAAGUUACAACUGUUGUACAUGCAGGAAAAGUGUGAGCAUUACCUAGCGUAUGUCAAGAGAAGAGUCAAAGAUGUCAUAUCUCCAAUUGUAUUUGAAGCUGCUUACAGUCUUGGGGAGCAUGUGCUAGAAAGAGGUAAAGAAGACAAGGAACUACCUCCUCUCAAGCCCGUUCUCCGCUGGAAGAAAGGACAAAAGAUAGCACAAAGGAAUCAGACUGUUUUUGAGAGGAACUGUCAAUCUGAUGACUGUGCUGCUGAUUUGAAACUUCAGGGUAAAUUACUGCUAUCUAGUGUUGAUGACAGGACUGCCUACCUGGCCCUGGGAGCAGUGAGGAACAUCUCACUUAACAUUUCCAUCUCUAACAUUGGGGACGAUGCCUACGACACCAAUGUUUUCUUCAACUUUUCUGGGGAGCUCUUCUUCAUCAAAAUGUGGCAAAAGGAGGAGCUGGGCAUUGCCUGUGAGUUGUUGGAAUCAGACUUCCUCAAGUGCAGUGUGGGAUUUCCUUUCAUGAGAUCGAAAUCUAGGUACGAGUUCAGUGUGAUCUUUGACACAAGUCACUUGUCUGGGCAAGAAGAAACACUUACCUUCCUUGUCACUGCCCAAAGUGGUAACCUAGAACACACAGAGUUUCUGCAUGAUAAUACUCUAACCUUGUCAGUGCCCCUGAUGCAUGAAGUGGACUCAUCUAUCAAUGGAGAAGUCUUUCCUACUUCCUUUUUCUAUGGUGAUUCUGUGGAAGCAUCCAACUUUGUUCAGCUAGAAAACCACGAAUGCCUUUUCCAGUCUCUCAACUUCACACUGCAGGUUUACAAUGCUGGACCAAGCACUCUUCCUGGCGCUUUUCUUGACAUUUCAUUUCCAAACCGCCUUUCUGCUACUGGAGCUGAAAUAUUUCAUGUUCAGCAGAUGAUGGUUGGUCAGGACAAAGGAAACUGCUCUUUUCACAGAAACCGCAGUCCUUGUGUUGUUCCUCAAGAGAAUGAAAAUAUUUUCCACACAAUAUUUGCUUUUUUCACAAAGUCUGGCAGAAAAGUAUUGGACUGUGAAAGACCAGGGAGGUCCUGCUUGAUUAUACACUGCAACUUAAGUUCACUAGCAAAAGCAGAGUCUUGUGAUAUAAGUAUUUACACGCUGCUGAACACAGAAAUACUGAAGAAGGACAGUUCAUCAGUCAUUCAGUUUGUCACAAGGGCAAGGGUGCAGGUGGACCCUGACCUCAGGGUUGUAGAGGUGCCCAAUGGGAGUCCAGAAGAAAAGCCAGAGUGCUCUUCUGAAGCAGAACGACUGCCUUCUGUGAAUGCUGGUGUGAAGGGAUGAUGAAGAGACUGGACUUCGCUAUGUCCAAACCUGGCAAAUACCUCCAAGUGUCUGUUGUCAAAGUGAGGGAUGCAAAGCUGAGUAAAUGAAGGGAGAGCCCCAACUAAAAUGCACGCAGUUCCUGCGGCAAAAUGCCCUUUAAAAAGCUGCAGGUUCCCUGCUGCUGAUUUAAGCUGUCUAGUUUUAAGCUCAGCACAUGUACAUUUCAUUAAGCCUUUGAACUGUUCUCUCCUCCUGGGUAAUGUUCACUGUUCUCUCAUUUUCUGACCAGUCACCCCAUGAUUAAUGCAACACAUGCAAGCAUUUUUUUGUUCAGGAUUUAUGUUUGCGACAAUGUGCAAAUAUAUUUGACAGAAAACAGCAAAAACAAAAAACGAUAAAAUCAAAGUUUAUUGCAUGAAGAACUACAGGGUGUUCUGAGAGGUCUUUAUAUGCAUAAAUAUAUAUGCAGAGUGAUUUAAAGGCAUAUUUCCAAGCAUUAGCUGGUAGGCAGCUUUAGCUGUCUACCUGCGACUGAACUUGGAAGACUCCUACCAUUGGCCUGUUACCCAUGUUGGGGUCAGAAGGAGCAGGCUGUGGUACUCUGCCUGAACCUGGAUGGGAUAUCCUAGCCUUUUUUAAAGCACGUGGAAAUACCUCUUCUUCUCAGCAAUCCCAAUCCACUACCCUCACCCCCUUGCCUUUUAGACGUACUGAGCAUUUUAGGCACCUGUUCUCUCCAGCUUACCUUUGAGAUGGAUAGAGCUUCCUCCUACCUAGCCUGGCUGAAGCCAGAUGUGAGCCUUUUCCAGAAGCUGCGAAGCCCCCUUUCUAGCAGGUUAUUUGUAGCCUUUUUGUUUUCACUGGGCUUGGUUUUUGUUUUCUUGUUUUACCUUUCCAUCUGCUACUGUAACAAUCCCUUUAGAGAUUGUUUUGUCUUAACUGUGCAGUCUAGCAGGUUGAAACACAGAGUUGAGUAAAGGAACAGAACUAUACAGAAAAACAACAUACAGAAAAUUUCAUGGUGUUAGACACAAACAGGUAGAAAGGAUACUUCAGGUCUGUAUUCCUCAAGAGCUUCCAACUUUUUUGUUAGUAAAUGUAAGUAUUUAUAGAUAACACAUACUAUAGAUAUGAUGUGCAUAUACACAUAUGGAUGGAUAUGUGUGAGAAUUAUAUCUUUACUGGAAGUCCCCUCAAGUAUAAUGGCACUUGAAUAGACUAGUCUGGCAGCAGUGCAGCGUGGUUUGAAACACCAGAAAUAUUUUGGGUGAUAACACAGAAAUAAAAUAGUGUUUUUGAUAAACUCAGGCCUUUCCUGGUGCUGGGCUUCAUGACACAAACACAUAAAAUUCAAGUAGUGUGGAUAAGCAAAAAAUAAAUGCUUUUUAGCAGGGAGAAAGGAACAUUUUACAAUUACUCAUUUCUAACCAAAUUUUGCUGAGUUAUGUUUCUUGUCUUCCUGACUCCCAGUGCAACAACAUGCUCCUAUUCUGCUAAGGGCUUAAGCAUAGUAUGAGCUUCAGGUAUUUGUGGAUUUCCUGAUCAGUUAGGUUGUAAAGCUCUUGCCUACAUACUUUACUGAAAUAAGACACUAAAAACAUAUCUGAUCCUUUUUGAUUUAUUCACUAUCAGAAUAUAACAAGUGAUUGGCACCGGUAGAAGAUGCCCUUGUCCAUACACAUUCAACCUUUCAGAAGUCGCUGGUAGGGUACAGUUCUCCAUUAAUUUACAGCAGGGCAAUUAUAUUGUGUAAAACUUGAUUAACACUUGAGCUAUGUACAGCUAAAAGGCAGUCUAAGCUGCCUCCCAGGCUUUCCUGCUUUCAGAUCCCACUAAUACAGCAUGAAAUGCAAAUGAUAAAUAUGAAACUAAAACUCCUCAUACAUUGUCAAGACAACUGUGUUUUUUUGUGGCCUUUCCCUCAUGUUUGGUCAGAGGCUGAAAACAAGCCUACAAUCCACUCCAUAUUUUAUGGCUGUUGCAUGUACUUUCUCCAAACCAGGCAGCUACUGCCCCUACUGCCCUCUCUCAGAUGCUUUUUCACACACAACCCCUUAUCUUCUGCAUCAGUCCCUGUUAUCACUCCCAUCUUCUCCACAAGUCAUGGCUGUGGGAUGUGCACUGAGCUGGGCACUGCCUUGUGCUCCCUGCCCUGUCGUCUGCCCCACAGGGGCUGUGCUGCUGGAGUGGCUGGGAUGAGGAGGCCAAGUUUGCCCAAGGCUUGCUUUCAGAGGCUGUGCAACGGUCCACAGGUCCAAUGCCAGGCAGUGGCUUGUGCAUUUCUUUUUGGUGACAUCACCCUCUCUGCCUUCAACCUCCUCCUCUCCAGGAUGACUUGCUUCCCUCCCUUCCACCACUUUUCGUACUGAUUCUUCCCUGACACUUCCAACGUGUGAUGAACACAAACCAGAUGCUCCCAGUCUGGUUUGUCUGGGGCUUGGUUGGUUGGUUGGUUUUGUUCAUUUUUGGUUUUGGGGUGUUUUUUGGCUGCUUUGUUUUGUUUGCUUCUUCAGCAAAGGUCAUUGCUGUGACUGCAUAUUAAUGCAGGCAGUUUUUGAUGGCUUGAGAGGGAUAAGGACAUUAAAAUGCAUGACAUCUUUGCUCCUUUCCAAACCACAAAGCCAUGAACAAGGUAUUUUUCAUGCCUGUCAGUUGGUUCCAGACUGCAAGAAGGCAAACUGAUAAGAAGCUGUUGUUACUCUCUACUCUCUCAGUUACGAUAGCUUGAUCUAUGACUGCAUAAGACAGAGCCAAGCUAUUCUAGCCAGUGCACUUCAAACCCCAGAUGUGGGGCUUUUGAUAUAGAGAUGAUGUAUGAUUUGCUCAUUCCAGCUCUUACUGUCUCUUUUGGCAGCACAAGGUACAGGUCUACUGUGCUACAAGUUGUGUUAUGUUAACAUUUACUCUCCAAGUAGUGGAGAGAAGACACCACCUCAUCUUGCAUCCAGUGACUGUUUAAAAGGUCUCCUUUCACUGAAGAUGACAGUGCCUAAUGUGUUAGAAGUUUAUUGGUUUUUUGUUUUGUUUUGUUUUUGUUUUUGUUUUUUUUCUUUUAGUGUCCUAAAGGAAAAUAACAUUAUUGCCUUAUUAUCUAAGAAAUAGUCAUCUGACUUGUCUCUGCAAGAUGGAUGCUAACCAUAGCCUCUGUGACAAAUGGACUGCCACAUCAGAUCAUCUUUACAAGCUGGCUCAGAAAUAGGGAGAAGGCACAAGACUUGUCUUUGGUCUCUCUGUCUGGUAUUUCCCUUACAUGUCUUGGCUCUGAUGGAGACUGCUGCCUAGGAAACUUUCUCUGUUCAGUAAGAUAUCUUAAAAAGCUUGACAAAGGCUUUGUGCUGAUGUAUGAAAUGCUAAAAUGAUUCUUUUUCUCAGAGAGCUGGUCCAUGUUUGAGAGCUAUUUUGAGCAUUGCAGUACUGGUUAUAGCAACAUGUUUGGAAAAUGCUAUCUAUGUAUAGUAGCAAUCCUGUCUAUUUGUUGUUUUCAUUUCUUGUUGUCAUCAUAUAUCUGACAAUAUCUCAUUGACAGAAAAAACAGUGAAUGUGAAUCAGCUAUAUUGAAAUUCCUCCACCAGGAAAGUUGUGGUCUUAAUCCAUGUUAGUCUGUGAAACUGAGAUCAAGUAUCUUUAUGAGUACUUCUUUAUGGGAGCACCAUGACAAAAUGUAGCCCAAUCCAUUUGUUUCUGUCACACCUGUGCCUUUAAUUUUUGUGGGUGUUUGCUGAAGCUGGGUAUGCUUAUGGAAACAGAGAAAUGUCUGUUAGAAGGACCUCUGAGGGGCCAUCUUCUCCCAUUUCCCCUUCAAACCAGGACUGUUGCCCACAGCAGCUCAGGAUCCCCAUGGCUUUGCCUGAACCUUCGAAACCUAUAAGGAUGGAGAACCCAGAGCCUUGUUGCGGCCUCUUCCAACUUGGGGUUGCGUAACUGUGUCUGACUCUAACUCCUGGAUUUUCAUGUGCUUUUAACUAUUUUUUUUGUUUUGUUUUGUUUAAAAGAUUGAUUUAAUGAUUCCUAUCUGUGAAAGAGUUUGGAUGUUAUUUAGCAAAGAUGAGGUUUGUGAAGGAGGGAGGAAAACUCACUACGUUACCUUCCAAAGCAAAUCAAACCAAAGCCAGAUAAAGCAAACAUGUACUACCUUUAAAAAAGAUUGCCUCUCUGCAUUUGUUGGAUAUUAAAUUGCAAAAUUUAACAAAGAAAUAGCCAACACUGAAGAGAACUCUUUUUGAGUUCUCCACUGAGGAGCUGAUUUUGAUUGAAACAAGAGACUGGAAAUUCACACAGUGUAUACAUUUGGUAUAAUCUGCUCCCAUUUUCUUCUUAGAGCAGGCAGUUAAGGAGAGCACUUUGUAGGAUGUGUUUCCCUGUCAUACAUGCUGUACAAAAAGAGAGAAGAGAACAGCAGGGGACUGCUCUUUGCAUUCGCAGAAGAACUCAUAAUUACACGUGCCCUUCUAUCUUUCCUACAAUGCAUCUUGUGAAGCACAGCAGGGACUAUACAUAUUCAAUAGGGAUAUAUGCAAGUUGUCCUAAUUUUUCUGUGAAAAAAGUUAACACGCUUAGCAUACAUGAGUGUUUCAUGUGAAGCAUUGGGGCGUUUUGUGGGGCUGGGAACCCCAAAAUUAUGAUAAUUAAGGCAGACCCUGCAAGGUGUCAAGUCAAUCCCUGCCACUCCAGGGCUUGCUGUUUUUCAUGCAAAACUUUGUGCACUUAUGGUGGCCCAGCACCAGAAAAAACUCAGUGCCUGGAAUGGGAUAGAAGAGCUGGAAGAAUAAGGGUUGUUUUGGAGAAGGCUCUGAUACCCUUUGAAUUGAGCACAUGGCUACUUAAAUUCCACUUGAAAGCUUUAAAUCCCUGCAAAAAAUAGACAGAAAGCAUGAAAUUAAGGGCACGUUCCAUAUUUGUUUGACAGACGAAAUAUGAUCAGUGAGGCCACCAUCCAAUAUAUUUAAUAAGAUGAGUACAAGAGAAAACAAUGCAAGUUCCAAUCAUAAAAAUAUCUUUUUCUAAUUGC